AUGAACUUUUUAUAUAAACGUAAAUCUGCUCAAGAAGAGUUUGAUGAAGAUUGUCUGGUUGAUUAUGAUGAAAAAGACAUUAUAGAUCAAAAGCCAAAGAUUUAUACUAAAUAUAAGCAAACGCUAGACAAUUUAUGCUCCAUAGAAUAUACAAACGAUGGUCUUAUCAAACGACCAAGAUGUGUGAUAGGAUCAAGGACGUGUCAUGUUCCGAUAACACAAACAGUCAUUGAAUCCAUUUUAUUAAAGCAACACUGCUGUAUAACAAAAGAAGAGGAUAUUCGCUGGUUUAAAGAUGGCAUCAAAUGGUUGGCUCAAGAACAUUAUCAAAAAUACCCAAAUAUAAACCAAGAAACAAUACAAAUAUUCGAACAGGCUUGUAAGGCUUAUUUCAGUAUCCCUCUUGAUCUCUGUGAGAAUCAUUGGGCAGCAUCUCAUGUACUGCAGCAAGCAUCCAAAUCAAACUUUUUUCAUCGCGUUUCUUUACUAAAUCGACCUUCUCUUCGUAAGAGAUCAUUCUCGUUUAUAAAGAAAUAUUGUUGUUUCUGCUUAUAA